ACCAGUAGCCACCGGGUUGCACCUUCGCCUUCUCCCUAUUUUUCCCUCAAAAUAGGGAAAGAUACUCCCCAUUCGCGCGACGCCGCCGCCGCCGCCAUGCUGCUCGCCGGCUCGCUUCUAUGCGGCGGCGUGCCUGGGUCGACGCCAAUGUCUCGUCGUCUGCAGCAGCGCUCGCCGCGUUUCCCGGCAGUAGGCAACGACCACUUGUGCGCCCAUGCAUCAUCGCCUACGUUGCCGGAGUCGUCGUUCUUCCUGUUUAGGUUGCCGCUCUGCACCGAGAAGCAGUAGGCGAGGAUAACCCGCCCGUGAGAAAAGGAAAGAGGGAAAAAGAAGGAAACGUACGAGGGAGGGAACCGAUAAUCUCUUUCCCCUUCUUUCCCCAUUUUUGUUAGCAGCGGUUUGGGACGGAGAGUGGUAGACACGUCUGCCGUGCUCCACCGCGGCUUCUACAAAACACUAAGAUCUUCUUCUGGCUGGUGCGCUCUUUCAGGGUUAGUGAAUUUUACCGUGGUUCGUGGAGUGACAGUAACGUGUCGUGGUCGGUGGUGAGGCAUUCAUAUUUUUCUUCGCGUUGUUUCGUACUCCGUCUUAGAAUCAAUUUGUUAUGGGGAUCGUUUGUUUCUGCGCUUUUUCCUCGCGCGGCGGCGUGUUCUGGAGAACGGCGCUGGCUGAUAAAUAUUGAGCAAGGAGGCAAGCUCGAAUAGGGACCCGCCUUCUAGUGGUGCUUUGUGCGAUCAUCGUGCUUUUCCUUCCGUGACGACUGAAGUGUGCGCCGGUGAGAGUGUGAGUGUGUAUAUCGACAACGAAGCAAGCGCUCGAGUGUUUCGAGGAUUGUUUGGAUCGGUCGGAGCUCCGGGCGAGCGUCUGCGUUCACGGGGAUUUUCAAGAGAGUCGAUUUCAGGCUGCGGUGGAUCGCUCUCGACACCUCGACAACUCAACCAUGUUCACGUUCAACAAGCCCAGCUUUCUGACCCUCGUGGCCAGACUGGUCCGCACCAAGGACCCCGCUUCGGAUGUGGCAGAUUCAAAGACACAGCUCAAGCGCUGCCUAACGACGCUGGACCUGACCUCGCUGGGAGUGGGGAGCUGCGUGGGCACGGGAAUGUACCUCGUGGCCGGCAUGGUGGCCAGGAACACGGCUGGCCCGGGGGUCAUCCUCUCCUUCAUCAUCGCCGCCGUGGCGUCACUCUUCUCGGGCGUCUGCUACGCGGAAUUUGGCGUCCGUGUGCCCCACACCACGGGCUCCGCCUACAUGUACAGCUACGUCACGGUGGGAGAGUUCAUCGCUUUCGUCAUUGGUUGGAACAUGAUCCUGGAGUACCUGAUUGGCUCGGCCGCCGGGGCAUGCGCCAUCAGUGCCUGCAUCGACGCCAUGCUGGACGGCGCCAUCAGCGAGGCCUUCCGGAAAACCUUCGGGACAAUAAUUGGCCACACUCCCGAUCUCUUAGCGGGCAUCAUCACCAUCUUGAUGACGUCGCUCAUGCUGGCCGGCGUGAAGAAGUCGCUGCUCUUCAACAACGUGCUCAACUGCCUCAACUUCGCCGUCUGGGUCUUCAUCAUGGGCGCCGGGCUCUUCUUCGUCAACUCAGACAACUGGACGCAGCACGGAGGCUUCCUGCCAUACGGAUGGUCCGGAGUCCUAGCUGGCGCGGCCACCUGCUUCUACGCUUUCAUUGGCUUCGAUAUCAUUGCCACAACGGGCGAAGAAGCCGAAAAUCCCAAGUGGUCCAUUCCAACAGCCAUCAUCCUCAGCUUGGCCAUCGUUCUGACAGCCUACAUCACAUCAAGUAUGAUGGUGACGCUGAUCGUUCCGUACAGCGAGAUCAACUCCGGCUCGGGGUUGGUCGAGAUGUUCGCCCAGCGCGGGGCCCCGAGCUGCCACUACAUCGUGGCGGUGGGCGCGCUCGCGGGCCUCGUCGUCUCCAUGCUGGGCUCCAUGUUUCCCAUGCCCAGGGUCGUCUACGCCAUGGCCAAGGACGGCCUCAUCUUCAGGGCCCUGGCCAAGGUGUGGCCCGUCACCGAGACCCCAGCCUUCGCAACAUUACUCCUAGGAGGAGCCACAGCAGUGGUCUCCGUCGUCAUGAGUCUCGACGUACUCGUGGAGAUGAUGUCCAUCGGAACUCUGAUGGCAUACACCCUGGUAUCGACCUGCGUGCUCCUGUUGCGCUACCAGCCCCGGACCAAGACCCUGGUGGAGUUCCUGCCGGAGUCGGUCCGUUCCCAGUGCCCGACCCCGAGCAGCGAGGUUCCACCGCCCAUCGUGCCCUCGCUUCGCAACCUGACCAUCGGCUCGACCACCACCACCAUCCGCACCAAGCGCACCAACAGGGUCCUCACGCCGGACAGUGACGAAGACGAGCGGAGGAUAGUCUCCACGGGCUUCCCUGGAGGGGACGGUGGCGGAGGACUCGGGGUCCCCGAGCACGACUACGGCUCGAUGUUGGCCAACGGCGAGAGCAUCGAGGAAGACAUGUUCCAGCAGCCUACCUGGUGGGAGAUGAAGAUGAAGCAGCUGGGCUACCUGGUGCCCUUCUUGCAGAGCCACCAGGGCCCGGCCACGGACGGCUCGGGGCUGAAGGUGAUGAAGCUCGUCGGUCUGCUGUACAUAUUUGCCAUCGCGUUCGACCUGGUCGUCGUGUGCGGCGUGGGCGCCAUCGAGCGUGGCAGCGCGUUCGUCAUCAUCCUAUUCUUCGUGUGCCUUGCCGGGAUCCUGGCGUCGGUCUUCCUCAUCGCGAAGGAGCCGCAGGCCAAGUGCGAGCUGAAGUUCAAGGCCCCCGGUGUGCCUGUGGUGCCUGCCAUCGCAGUUGUUGUCAACAUCUACUUAAUCUUCAAGUUGUCCAUCCUUACUCUGGUGCGCUUCAUUGUUUGGAUGGUCUUAGGUAUGUUCAUGUAUUUCUGCUAUGGCAUCAAGAAGAGCAAUCUGGAGUCCCUGAUGGAGGAGCGAAUCGAGCUCAAGAUCCCCACCGAGGGGUUCACGCUCAGCGCCCCGGUGCCGCCACAGCGCCAGCCUUCCGCCGAAGAAAUCAGCGCCAAGCUGGCCGAAGUGGCCAACGGGCGCCUCAUGAGCGGUCGGCAGCCGGCGCCAUCGCUGCCCCUGCGGCCGGGCGAGCAACUUCCUAACCAGCACUGGCAGACCUUCGACUGAGCAGGUCCAUGCGCCAUACAGAGCUGGUGCAGCAUCGAACGAAAAACACACCCUGCCUAAUUCUCUUCUAAUAGCCGAAUGAGUUUACGGUUUGAUUUUGCAGACCACAAAAUGGCUCGUUAGAGCGAAAAUAAGACAUAAAGGAGAUGUUCUGCAGAGCGAUAUAGGGACAACAACAAAAAGGCAAAAAAACAAGAGGCUAAUCGAUGAAUUUUUCAGUUAAUAUCUCAAUAAGGCAAUGAUUUUGGUUUCAGGAUGGAACUUGUGGCAGGAAGCUUAUUGUUUCGUUGUUACACUUUUCCCAGAGCAGUGAAGCCGAAUGACCAACCCAAAUAUGC